GUAUGAGGUAGCUCCGCCCAUCGCUCCCAUCGUUGGUGUUGUAGUUGUUCCGCUACUCUGCCCUUUAAGAGGAGAGGACGACAAUGCAGUGGAGCGUGGAGCCUCCACGACAUAUAGGCUAGAUGCAGACAAAAGUAUUUUCAUCAUAACAUCUCACCACAGCUGUUAAUAUCCCUCAUUUUUUGUACACGUUACUCUAUUGGCUUCUGGUUCCGUUCAGAUAAGCAAUCUUAAGUGACAGGUGCGCAGAGAAGAUGGGCAGGCGGGAGGCUCGCAGCAACAGUGGCACGAUGAACACCAGUGACCCGUCCCAGGUCCAAUGCCUGCUAACGGCGUCUACCUGCAACCAGUCCGGCACCGGCGAGGUCUCCCCGGGACAUCUCGGUCACAAUAGCAACAGCGGUGUGCGGAGUCUGAUGACGACCACAACAACAUCAACAACAUCCAUAACAACAACAGCAACCCCGGUGGAGGUGAAAACGCAUCAGCAUAAGCACAAUUUGAAACACCGCUUCGAGGUGAUGGAGACUCUAGGUAAAGGAACCUAUGGCAAAGUGAAGAAGGCGAUGGAGAGGACAACCCAAAACACAGUGGCGAUCAAGUCCAUUCGUAAAGAGCGAAUCACCGAAGACCUGGACAGAGUUCACAUCCAACGGGAGAUAGAGAUCACGGCAUCACUCCGUCAUCCCAACAUCAUACGCUUUUUCGAAGUGUUUGAGAGUCGGGAUAAGAUUGUGAUUGUGAUGGAGUACGCUAGCAGAGGGGAGCUGUACGACUACGUCCACGAGCACCGGAGACUGUCAGAGGCACAAGCCAGAGACAUCUUCAGGCAAAUCACCUCCGCAGUCCACUACUGUCACAAGAAUGGGGUUGUCCAUCGGGACCUGAAGCUGGAGAACAUCCUUUUAGAUCAAGACCUCAAUGUUAAGCUGGCAGACUUUGGCCUUUCCAACCGUUACCAGAAGAACAGUCAUCUGCAGACAUUUUGUGGGAGUCCACUGUAUGCAUCACCGGAGAUAGUUAAAGGACUGCCCUACCUGGGUCCUGAGGUUGACUGCUGGGCGCUGGGUGUUUUAUUAUAUGCCCUGGUGUAUGGCAGCAUGCCAUUUGACGCGGCAAGUCAUGCAGCUCUCACGGAGCAGAUCGCUGCAGGACGCUACCACAAACCCAACCCGCCCUCAGACGCCUGUGCCCUCAUCGACUGGCUGCUGGCGGUCCGCGUGGAAGAGAGGGCCACUGUGGAGGAUGUGGCCAACCACUGGUGGGUGAACUGGGGUUACGACGAGGCCCUGUGUGACUGCCCCUCGCCCCCGCACCAAGACUGCCCCUCGCCAAUGCUGGCCCGCUACAUCGACUGGCGGAAUCGAAGCACCGCCUCCAACGCCACGUCCGUGGGUCCCGUGUGUCAGCGGUCCGGCGGCUCCUCCUCCUCCUCCUCCUCCUCCUCUUCCUCCCACCCGUCCCAACCCUCUCUACACCCCUUCUCCUUCAGCUUCCCCCUGAAAGGCGAGCGGGGGGGUUCGGCGGGGAGGAUGCGCUGGGCGGCGUCGAGCCUCAGGAAGUCGCGCAAGGAGAACGCCGUCCCCCGGACGCCGCCCGGAGCUGCGUGCUGCGUUCCCGGCGGCGGCACGGCGCCCGCCGCCGGCACGUCCUCCUCGGCGGCGGAGCGAAGGAAGCCCAAGGGCAUCCUCAAGGCCCAGAGGAGUUUGGACUCGGCACUCCUCCUGCCGUCCGGCGCUCCGUCCCGGCCCGGGACGGGGACACUGAGGCCGGCCGGCGGGGACACUGAAGCCCCGCCCCCCCCCGGCCUGCCCGCUCCCGCUGCACUCAGACAACCCGCGUUCAGAACGCCAAAGAAGGGGAUCCUCAAGAACCUGUGCGCCAGGGAGUGCGGCUACGCCCUACCCCCGGAGAGACGGGCCAACGCCGUGGGAACGGGAGGAGGAGGAGGAGGAGGAGGAGGAGGAGGAGGCGUGGCCUGUGUCCCCGGCGACGCGCUCUCCCGCGACCACCCGGCGCACGAGGUCGCCGCCGCGCGCACCGAGGCCGUCCGCAGAAGGGGGGGUAUUCUGAAGCGCAACGGCAAGUUCUCCCGCAGCCUGGACCUGCCCGACGAGCCGCGGCCGAGCCGCUCCGGCCCGCCCGUGUUCCCGGAGGUCCUCCAGCGACUGCUCCGGGAGGCGGGGGACGCCGGGAGGGGGCGGGGCUCCCUCAGCAGACCCUCCGGCGCCGUGAGCGAGGACAGCCUCUUCUCCUCCGACUCUUUCGACCUGCUGGACCUCAGCGUCCAGUCGCAUCGCAGGAUCAUCUUCUCCGGGGGAGCGCGGCGGAGCGCCUGCAGCUCUGAGGAGGACCUGGGAGAGCUGAGGGGCGAGACAGGAGCGUCGGGAGCGUCGGGAGCGUCGGGAGUGUCGGGAGCGUCGGUGGCGGCGGCCGGGUGUCCGGAGCAGGGCGACGAGGAAGAGGGGAGGAGGGAGGUGCGAUGGUGAGAACAGAAUGAGGCCGUGAUGCGAAACACUUGGGCCAAAGGCCACCUAUUAAAAUAACACAACUUUUCAGGAUUUAUUGAAUUUGUAAUCAGUGUGGUGUAUAGGUACUGACACACUCUUCAAAAUGCUUACUAGUAAGCCAGUAAGUGAUGUUGGGAUUUCAAACCCACAAAUUGUUUAAAAUGUACUUGGUCACUAAAUGUUGCUUACAUUGAACCGGUGCAGGUUAUAUUGGUAGAGGUACAUUGUUUGACUGUUUUCCAUUAAGCAUAAAUCUACACAAUUUAUAGACAAUCUUUCUGAGGAAGAAACUAACUAUGCUAAUGAAGACAUUAACAUGUAUUAUUAUAGGAAAACCCUAACAUUUUCAAAAAUGUAAUUAUUAAAUCUAUUGUCAGAGUCCUCAACUUCUUGUCAAGUCAACUUUAUGAUCAUGUUUGUGCCAAUGGCCGAUCAAAAGGAGAUAGUAUAAAGGAAUAUAAACAACACAGUUACUUAGAACUGAGUGUGGCUAACAACAAUAAUACGAUACUGAUUCACAAUAUCUAUUGUGAUGAUAAAUAAAGUUCAACCGUAAUUUUGUAAAAUAUAUCUUUGAGAAUCUUUGUAUUGUAUGGUAUUGUACAUAGUUGCUCAUUUGCACCAAACACUGUGUUGAAUGCAGAUGGAUCACAUUUUCUUUCACUAUGUUGCCAGUAUUGCUGCUGUGAAAAAGCGGGAAUUUGUUUAAAUAAUCUUGUCUCCAAGUGGUGAAUUAGAAUUGGUAUUUUAUUCGUUUUUUGUAAUAAACACAAUUAUUACAGUAGAAUAAAUGUGGAUGAAACUGAAUCCUAUUUGAAACUGAAUCCAUUUCAUUUUAUUUUCUGUUGGUCAUUUGAGGAUUCAAAAGCUUGCGUAAGCAACAGAGUCUGAGUGUGUUAUUUUAAGCUGUGUGUACUACGUCAGCUAAAUAAAAAAACGUUGACAAAUUGACCAAGGCAUUAAAACCAUUAUGGUAAUUCUGAUAGUGAUAAAUGACAAUGACAUAUUCCUUUCUAAUAAUUACCUUUAUUAUUUUCUUCAUUAAACCAAAAAAAUGUU